GUUCACUCUCCGUUGUGAACGGUUCUUUGCUGCGGCGACUGGAGUCUAUAUUCAAACGGACAAUAUUAGACCUCUUAGCGUCCACACGUCUGGCACGACCUUGCCGGGUGCGCUUUAUAAAAUCUGGCAUUGGAAUGACAGCUUACUCCUCAGUGAUCACGGUUUUCAUGAUUUUGCAUGGAUCCCUCGCUGCUUUCCUUGCGUUGCUUCCGACCGCGGUCGCAAGAAUUUCUGACUUUCGACCAGAACUAGAAGACAUUGCAAGCAGAGACGAAUUUGACACGCUCACCAAUGGCUCCAGUGUAAUCUGGGUGAUAGAGGAUACGUACCAGGGCGAAAGCUUCUUCGAUACAUUUCACUUCUUUACUGACCCUGAUCCGACAAAUGGUCUAGUGACAUAUGUCGACCGUGAUACCGCUUUCUCGUCUGGACUGGCAUAUGUUCAGGCGGACGGCAAGGUCAUUAUGAAAGGCGAUGACACCACUCAAUUGCCCUAUGGAACGAACAGAAGCAGGUAUUGUCUCAGCGCAAACUUUAUCAAGAAGCCGUCAGCCAACAAUGUACUCACAGCGUACGGAUAUCUAGUCAGACAGUUUACAACGGUGGUCUCUUCAUACUGGACUUGGACAGAGCUCCUUGGGGCUGCGGAGUUUGGCCUGCGUGGUGGUAAGAAAACUGGUAGUGAAAUUGUCAAUGUAGUUCCUGACUCCCACCAAUUUAGGACCGUCGGAAGUGGUAACUGGCCUUGGACCGGCGAGAUAGAUAUCAUCGAGGGCGUACAUGCGAAUGAACACAAUCAAGUCACCUGGCAUACUGCACCUGGUGAAUCGUGA